UGACGUCAGUAGGCAUAAAGGAAGUUGUAUAAAUGCGGCGCGGAUUGUUCAGUCCUUUACAUUACUAGGUACCGGUGAUCCUCUAGCUCUGCAUAUUGAAGGAUCUGCUCCCUGAUCGGUUAACAUACAUCUGAUCGAAAUGAAACUGUGGCUAGCUAGUGUAUGCGCUCUCCUCGUUUCGCUUUCAACUGUUCUAGCUCUCAAAUGCCAAGAAUGUGCAGACAUCUCAGGAUACCCAUCAUCAUUCAGUUCGUGCACCAGUCAGGAUAUCAAAUCCAUCGAAUGCACUUCUCCAGGCUUUGAUAGCUGUAUGACUUUCAAAAUGACCGUGCAAGUACCUGGGGGAGAUCCACUCAACGCGGAGAUGAGGAAUUGCAGCUCCAGGAGCUUGUUUUGUGACAAGAACAGUAACCUCGAUUUGUGCAAACUUACCAACGACAGUACUGGUGGUAUGUUGACUGCUUGUUCCACAGUCUGCUGUGAAGGUGACAUGUGUAACAAAGGUCCUGCCCGCCCUUGGAGUCUUCGAGGAUUACUUCGCGGAUUAAACUAAAUGAAAUUGACAAUUUGUGAUUUUUAAUAAAUUUCCAAGUCAUGAUA